GUCACUGGAGAAAUUAGUUGAUUUGAUGGCGUUCUUCCAAAUUAAUAUGUAGCAGAUUGAUUCUGAACACGUAUCCUUCCUUUGCUGUAUCAGAUUUGGGAGACAAUGGACGAAGCUGCAUCUCAUGAUGGGCGAGAAGAAGAGGACGAGGAAGAGUAUGAGGAGGUUGGUGGAGGGGGUCGGCUCCUAGGGUUUAUGUUUGGAAAUGUUGAUUACUCUGGUGAUCUUGAUGUCGAUUAUCUGGACGAGGACGCAAAGGAGCACCUUUCUGCAUUGGCUGACAAGCUAGGUCCUUCUCUCACUGAUAUGGAUCUCAUCAAAUCUUCUCCAGCUACAACAGAUGCUUCUGAACAGGAUUUUUAUGAGAAGGCUGAAGAUGCUGUUGAUUAUGAGGAUAUUGACGAGCAAUAUGAUGGGCCAGAAGUACAGGCGGCCACAGAGGAAGAUCACUUGCUGCCAAGGAAAGAAUACUUCUCGUCAGAUGCAUUUUUGUCUUCUUUGAACAGCAAAGCUUCCAUUUUUGAUGAAGAAGAUUAUGACGAGGAUGAUGACAUGGGGAAGGAUAGCAAAAUCAAGGAAAAAAUUGAUGAAGUUGAAGGCCUUUCUUUGGCAGGAGGGGAUUUGGAGGUUGCAUCUGCGAAGUCGUUAUCCCUUGAUGAUGAUAUGCCUUCUCGUGUAUCUUUGGAAAUUGAGGAAGUUGCAUUAGAGCCGGCUGUUUUUCAGGAAGACGAAGCAGUCCUGGAAGAGCAAGUCAAUUCAAAAUGUGAGUCAGCUUUACCUGUUUUGUGUGUUGAGGAUGGGCUAGUGAUAUUAAGGUUUUCUGAGAUUUUUGGAGUACAUGAGCCCUUGAAGAGACCAGAUAGAAGAAACUGCCAGAAACGGCCAUCUUGUAAUGUAAGGAGAUUGCCAAUUUCCAUAGACCAAAAGCAUUAUGGUAUCCUCGUGACAAUGAAAUUGCUGCAAAGGCACAAGGAGCACUUAUUACCAAUGGUCCUAUCAAAGUUGUUAUAAUGACCUUGGCAGGGAAAGGAGCUAAGCUUCACGUUGAUGCAGAGGAGACUUUAUCCAGUGUUAAAAUGAAAACAUCGAAGAAACUAGAAUUUAAAAUGUCCGAAAAGGUGAAAAUUAUUUAUUCUGGUAGAGAGCUGGAGGAUGAUAAAUUUCUUGCAUUUCAAGGAGUGCGGCCAAAUUCUGUGCUUCAUCUUGUGCGUACAAGAAUACAGAUAUGGCCAAAGGCACAAAGGUUGCCUGGUGAAAAUAAACCUCGGCGGCCACCUGGUGCAUUUAAGAAGAAGUCUGAAUUAUCUGUCAAAGAUGGACAUGUAUUUUUAAUGGAGUAUUGCGAGGAGCGGCCUUUAUUACUAGGAAAUGUUGGGAUGGGAGCUAGAUUUUGCACUUAUUACCAAAAACUUGUGCCAAAUGAUCAAACUGCUUCAUCUCUUCGAAAUGUGAACAAUGGCCUUGGCACUGUGCUUACGCUUGAUCCUUCUGACAGAUCUCCUUUCCUUGGAGAUAUUGGUCCGGGUUGCAGCCAAUCCUGUCUUGAAACUAACAUGUACAGAUCUCCUAUUUUUCCCCAUAAAUUGCCUCAUACAGACUAUCUUUUGGUACGUUCAGCAAAAGGCGCCCUAUCCCUCCGACGCAUUGAUAGACUAUAUGCAGUUGGACAACAGGAACCUCAUAUGGAGGUACUUUCCCCAGGGUCAAAAAAUGUACAGUCAUAUCUUGUGAACAGGAUGCUGGUAUAUGUGUACAGACAGUUUCGCGCAAAUGAGAAACCUGGUAUCCUUCCAUCUGUUCGUGCCGAUGAGUUGGCAGCACUUUUUCCUGGCUUAACAGAUGCUUUUAUGCGCAAGAGACUGAAACUGUGUGCAGAUUUGAAGAAAGGGGCUUGGGUUAAGAGGAUUGAUUUUCGUAUUCCAUCUGAGGAAGAGUUGAGAAGAAUGUUGGCGCCAGAGAAUGUUUGCUCUUAUGAGAGUAUGCAAGCAGGUCUUUACCGUCUCAAACGCCUAGGAAUAAGCAGGCUUACUCAUCCCAUUGGGCUGUCUUCUGCAAUGAACCAACUUCCAGAUGAAGCUAUAACCCUAGCUGCUGCCUCUCAUAUUGAAAGGGAGCUGCAAAUAACUUCAUGGAAUCUUACAAGCAACUUUGUUGCUUGUACUAAUCAGGAUCGGGAGAACAUUGAACGUUUAGAAAUUACUGGUGUUGGCGAUCCAUCUGGCCGUGGAUUGGGAUUUAGCUAUGUUCGUGUCACUCCUAAAGCUCCUAUUACGAGUGCAGUGGUGAAGAAGAAAGCAGCAGCCUCAAAAGGAGGCUCCACAGUAACUGGAACAGAUGCAGACCUCCGUAGACUGAGUAUGGAUGCAGCACGUGAGGUGCUCUUAAAGUUCAAAGUUCCUGAAGAGCAAAUAGAUAAACUAACCAGGUGGCAUCGGAUUGCUUUGGUACGCAAGCUGUCAAGUGAGCAAGCAGCCACAGGAGUUAAAGUGGAAGCCAUGACCUUAAGCAAGUUUGCACGCGGACAAAGAAUGUCAUUUCUUCAACUUCAGCAGCAGACACGAGAAAAAUGCCAGGAAAUAUGGGAUCGACAAGUUCAAAGUCUCUCUGCCACUAAUGAUGAUGAAAAUGAGAGUGAUUCUGAAGCAAACAGUGAUUUGGAUUCUUUUGCUGGGGACCUUGAAAAUUUACUAGAUGCGGAAGAGUUUGAAGAGGAGGUGGGAAACGGUGAUGCAAUGGUUGAAAAGGCAGAUGUUGCUAAAGGACUCAAAAUGAGAAGGUGCCAUUCAUUUUCUCAAACAGAAGAAGAAAUUGAAGAUGCUAAAGCAGAAGCAGCUUUUAUCCGCAGAUUGCUUGAUGAUGAUGAAUCUGAGAUUGAGAAAAAGAAGAAACCUAUUGGAAUAGAAGUUGGCCGUCCUCAAUUAGUUACCGAGACUGCUGGCCCUGCCAGGAAAGUGGGUACUGCAGUCAGGCAAAUCCUUAGCAGUUCACAUCCUGAUGGUUCACAUACCUCAAAAGAACUCAUGACCCACGAAUCUAGGGAGGUUGAAAACUCUCCGGCUGAAACAAAUUCUUGGAAAUCAAAGGCUAAAAAGGGAGUUGUAAAAAAUGAAAUGGCUGUUGGAUUAGGAAAAAAAAACUACAAAACAUUGAAAGAAGGAACUAAGGUUUUUAAGGAAAAGAAACAUGCUGAUAGAAGAGAGAGUUUUGUAUGUGGAGCUUGUGGCCAGCUUGGACACAUGCGGACCAACAAAAACUGUCCGAAGUACGGAGAAGACGCAGAACCUUUGGAGAUAGAGAAUGCGUCAGUCAAAUCUCACAUGCCAGACGGUGCGAACAGACCUCAACUGAAAGUUUUAAACAAGAAAAUGAUGCCCACAUUGUCGAGGGAAGCCGCUGAGGACACUACAGAAUAUCUGGAAAAGCAUGGAAUGGAAUUACAAGUCAAGGUUCCCCCGCUUAAAUUCAAAUGUGGUUCUGCUGACAAGCCAAGUGAAAAGACCUUGUCUGUAUCUCAGUCAUUUGAUAAGCUGGUUAUUGGAAGCAUGAACCGUGAGGCAAAGCAAGCUGGGAAGAAUUUAAUAAUUCCAAUCAAGAUGAAAGGUGAGAAUGUACUCCCAGAUACACCAAAGCCAACCGUUAGAAUUCUACCUCCCCAAGGCAUGGAUAAAGAACCUCCAAAGAAAAUUGUCAUAAAACAACCAAAAUUUACAACUAACAAGCAUGCCCAAGAUUUUGAUAUUGCAAUAGAUCAUGAAUCUAGGAAGAUGAAGAGAAUUGCUGAGCUAUCACCAAGUUUUGACAAGCAGAGAAAGCUUGAGAGUCAUCUUUUUUUGAAUGAUGAAAUUGGUGUAAAUCGUGCAUAUGACAGAAGAAUAAGAGAGGAGAAAGGUAGAAACAUGCAGAGACUUGAAGAAGAGAGGAUUAGAAGGAUGAUUGAGGAACGGAGAAAUUAUGAAGCAGCAAUUAGAAGGGAGGAACACCAACAUGCUAAGAAAAAGAAAGCGAAGAAGAAUAAAAAGAAGAGACCUGAUUUUAGUGAUGAAUAUUUAAUGGAUCAUAGACCAUACAGAACUGACCGCAGGUUUCCUGAAAGGGAUCGAGCUGCAAAGAGAAGAAAUAUAAGUGAUACGGGUCUUCAAGAAUUUGCACCACAAACAAAGCGACGCAGAGGAGGGGAGGUUAUAUUAGCAAAUAUUCUUGAAAGCAUAGUGGACCAGCUGAGGGAUAACCUUGAAAUAUCCUAUCUGUUCCUUAAACCUGUAACCAAGAAGGAAGCUCCUGACUAUUUUGAUGUGAUAAAAUCUCCCAUGGAUCUCUCCACCAUUAGAGACAAGGUGAGGAACCUGGAGUACAAGAGGACAGAAGAUUUCAGACAUGAUGUGUGGCAGAUAGCUUUUAAUGCCCACAAAUAUAAUGACAGGAGAAACCCUGGCAUUCCUCCAUUAGCAGAUCAGUUGUUGGAGCUCUGUGACUAUCUUAUUCAUGAGAAAGAUGAGAUCUUGACUAAUGCUGAAGCACAAGUAGAGCCUCCAAAUAUUUGAAAAGAAUUCUAUGAUCAAAUCUAGAUCUUUGAUGUGUAUGUAUAGUGUUAUCAUUAGGGUUUUGAUUGCGUGGGUUUUUUUGGUUGAGUAGAAAUUUUAUGUAAAGUAAAAUGUUUGCAUGUAAAGUGAUUUUAUUUAUUUAUUUAUUGUAGUUGAAAUUAUUUUAUUAA